UACAUACCACCACUUAUUACUUCAUCCUCCCUAUCCAAAAAUGGCAGCACUUUCAGGCGCUACUCUCUUAAACCAAAGGUUCAUUGUUAAGGCUCCGUCGAAAUCCAUUAAGAACCCGAGUCUGAACCGUCAAUGGGGGCAACUUUCAGCUGUGCGGCUCGGCUCGUCGCGUAUGGGCACCGGUCGAGUAGUAUUGGUGGCUGCAGCAGCACCGGAUAGCUUGUCGGAGAAAGUAGCACAGAGUGUGAAGGAGGCAACGGAAGUUUGCUCCGACGAUCCGGUAAGCGGUGAGUGUGUGGCGGCGUGGGAUGAGGUGGAGGAGCUGAGUGCGGCGGCUAGCCAUGCCAGGGACAAGCAGAAAGCUACUACGCCCAUCGAUGAGUUCUGUAAGAAUAAUCCAGAAGAUGAAGAGUGCCGUACUUAUGAAGAUUAGUUAUUAAUUAUACAAUCAAUUAAACAUCAUCUUUUGGUGUUAUUGUCAUUUGGGUUUUAAUGCUUAAGAUUGAAUUUUUACUUAUACCCUAAUGGAUUUACUAGAAUUG